ACUCAUUUUUCCCUCAAUCGCCCCAUAAUUUCAAGUUUGAUUCUAACAUCUCCCUUCUCCGGCGGAAUAUGUACUCCACGCGACCCCUGACUCGUGAGGAUCUCGCCCUCCUCCCAAGCUUCGCCAAAGCGUUCGGUUGUGGAUGUGAUGAUGCAACCAGUACGCACGUCUCCGUAAGUCCACCCAACCUCCAAUUCAGGCACGACCAGAGGUCAAGUUACUUGGCAAAGGUGUCCGUCUGGAACAAGCGUCGCGACUACGUGGAAGUCCAUCUGGAGAAACUCAAUGCCCCGAACAUAUUCCAUGCCUUUUGCAAUAAAAAAGGUGCUUAUGGCGGAAGCCAAGUCGACGUUUGGGUCAAAUGCACUCCUGGCCUGCGGAAAUUGGCAUUUGACUGUCUGCGAAUUCGUGUGACCACGAUUAACUCAGACCCACGAGAGGUCCAAGUCUUGUCCGUCCCUCUCCAACUCUGUCCAGGCUUCUCGUGGUUUUCCAUGCCAAAAGUGGUCGCGAUGCCGUCGAUAUCUGUGGGAAAUGUGGCUGAAGUCUCCCUCACAUUCCCACAAGUCCCAGAACCAGAAAAGUUUUUUGUGGCCGUGCGCUCCUCGAAGCCACACUUGUCCGAAUCUCUCACGAUUACUCCGCUGUCAGGCGUGCUGGGCAGUGACUUUGACGCCGUGUCCGAGCUCGUAAUUCGGUACAAGCCAACCGACUACACCACUCUCGUUCACGUCGUCCAACUCCACUUUCCAGGCGUGGAUGCAGUUCCGCAUGAAAUCGUCAUAUUUGCUCGAGCCAUCCCAGGCAUCGAAAGUGAAAGAAUUAAACGUGAGACGACCAUCCUUCAAAAUUUCAUGGCCAUGGAGCAAUCGAGCAAAGCUGCCACGGAGAGGAAAAGGUUGCCCGAGCCCAAGUUGAGAUUUAAGCCUGCGCCACCAGCACCACCGUCGUCUGGGGGGGAUGAGGAGGAGGAGGAAGAGACCGAUUCUCCUCAACCGAAAACCUGCUCCACAGUCAAAAACGGGGACGAUCUCACCACGCCGGCCGGAGUAAUGCGAUUUCUGCUACGAAAGGGUGCUCGAAGUCAUGAAAAUGCGAAAACGGUGGAACUAACGACGCCUCAAGAAGAGAAAGUUCACUCUCAGCCGGACUCUAAAAACGAGUUCCACACUACUGAAAAAAUGCGACACAAACAUGGACACAGCCCACUGCACCAUUCACACGCUCCCCUUGAUGAGGACCCCACUCAAAACAGGGACAAGUUUGCAGAGAAAAGUGUUCACAGUCAUCAUCGUGAUCAACACGAGAAAGAAGCCGGAGUGAACGAGGAGGACGAGGAAGACGUGCCUCGAACCAGAGGGAAGGGGACAAAGCAAAAAAGUCUUCAUCGUCUGGGAAAACUCAGCAAGCCCAACCUCAACGAAGGUCUAUUCGUAGACGAUGAAGGUCGCAAAGAGACGCACAAUUCGUCCAAAAUCGGUCAGAAGCGAUCGAAAUCGGUCAAACAGUCCAAGGAAACUCGUGACGAGGAGGAAGUGGAAGAAGAGCAGGUUGUUCACCAUAACCUUUCCGGACACGACUCAAGUGACCCCAGCACUCCACGGCAUAAUCACAAGGUCGGAGGUCACCACCACGCCACGGAUGCAUUAUUCGUAUCGCCGGACCAUGACGCAGCCUAUAACUCGUCAACGGAAUGA